AUGGCGCGUCUCUUCCUCCUCCUCCUCUUUCCCUCUCUUCUCCUCCGUCACCGGGCUCAGGCGCAGCGACUUCCCGCCGUCCUUCCUCUUCGGCGCCAGCACGUCGUCUUACCAGUGCCUGAUGACAUAAUUGAAGGCGCCUACCUAGAAGACAACAAGGGCCUGAACAAUUGGGAUGUCUUCACCCAUAUUCAAGGAAAGAUUGCGGAUGGAAGCAAUGGUGACGUGGCCGCUGACCAUUAUCAUCGAUACAAGGAGGACAUAGAAAUGAUGCAUUCGAUUGGCCUCGACUCUUACAGAUUCUCAUUGUCCUGGUCGAGAAUACUUCCAAAGGGUCGCUUCGGAGAUGUUAAUCCGGCAGGCGUUAAAUUCUACAACAGUCUCAUCAACGGCAUGCUACAAAAAGGGAUACAACCAUUUGUGACGAUCAACCACUAUGACAUACCCGAGGAACUCCAACAAAGAUACGGCUCCUGGUUGAGCCCAGAGAUUCAGGAGGACUUCACCUACUUUGCUGAGCUUUGCUUCAAGAUGUUUGGUGACCGAGUAAAGCAUUGGGCUACAUUCAAUGAGCCAAACCUUAUGGCAAAGCUCGCAUACUUCAACGGCAAAUAUCCACCAAGCCACUGUUCCAAGCCAUUUGGGAAAUGCGAUUCUGGGAAUUCAUCAACUGAGCCCUACAUUGCAGCGCAUAACAUGAUAUUAGCUCAUGCAAAGACGGUCAAUAUCUACAAAAAGAAUUACAAGGCCAAGCAAGGUGGCUCUGUUGGAAUUUCACUACAUAUGAAAUGGUAUGAACCACUGAGGAAAAUCACAGAGGACCACUUGGCAAUAAGCCGAGCUCGGUCUUUCGAAGAUCAAUGGUUCCUGGAUCCCUUGUUCUUUGGUGACUAUCCACACCAAAUGCGCCAAAUCUUAGGUUAUGCCCAAAAGGGCAAUAGCAGCACCACAGCAGAAGAAUCAAUUAUUGAUACCGAAAGGUCAAGUUACAUUCAUGACUACCUCACUUACCUGAGCUUUGCAAUAAGGAAAGGAGCAGAUGUGAGAGGUUAUUUUGUGUGGUCUUUGAUGGAUACCUUCGAAUGGAACGCUGGUUACACCAUAAAGUAUGGUCUUUGUCAUGUGGAUUUCAAGCCACUAAAGCGAACACCAAAACUGUCUGCUAAAUGGUACAGCAAGUUUAUCAAGGACUAUGAACAGAUAGAGAUGGCCUCUGAAGAAUCACCUAAUCAUAUGGUUUCCUAG